GCGGAAGCAAGCAAGCUGGUCUUCUUUGCUAGCCCGCUCAAUGCUAUUUAUGAAGAUGGACCUGUUGAACUACCAGUACUUGGACAAGAUGAACAACAAUAUUGGCAUUCUCUGCCAGUAUGAAGGUGAAGCUGCUCUAAGAGGGGAAACCAGGAUGCAAUCGCUCCCAGUAUCCAGUGCUGUAAUCAACCAUAGGACAGGGCCACCCCCUAUCAGUCCUUGCAAGAGGAAGUUCAGCAUGGAUCAAGGAGAUGAUGACCUAGACUGUGAAAAUGAACAUGUCUCGAAAAUGAGUCGAAUGUUCAGUCCCCAUCUAAUGAAGACUGCCAAUGGGGAUUACCGGAAAGAGCACAGAGAAAGAAGUCGCAGUCCAAUUGACCGGGCCGCUGCACCAACAGUGAGCAUUCAUGCUAAUCACAUGUAUGCCUCAAUCCCAAGCUUAACUAUGGAUCAACCUCUAGCACUGACCAAAAACAACAUGGAUGCUACCCGGUCUAUGAGCAUCACUUCAACAAUGACGUCGGUGGAACGGCAGCAGAACCGUCCAUCUGUAAUCACAUGUGCCUCUGCAAGCAAUCGCAACUGUAAUCUCUCUCAUUGUCCAAUUGCGCACAGUGGAUGUGGCGCUGCCAUGCCAGCGAGUUACCGGAGACCAUCUAGCACUACCACUGCAUGUGAUCCAGUGGUAGAGGAGCACUUCCGUAGAAGCCUUGGCAAGAAUUACAAGGAGCCAGAGCCGGUGACAAACUCUGUAUCCAUUACGGGAUCAGUUGAUGACCACUUCGCCAAAGCACUUGGAGAUACAUGGCUUCAGCUCAAAGCUGCGAAGGAUGGAGUGUCCAGCAGUCCUGAAUCUGCCUCCAGGAGGGGCCAGUCAUCUUCUCCUUCCCAUCUGGUCAACCAUAAUCAUUCACCUUCCGUAGUCUCGUGAAGAGAGGACCACAAGUUUCUUCAUCGGAACAUGAAUUUGCAUGGUUUGACUGAGCAUGGAAGAGUGCUCAAACAGUAAUAGUGCUUGGGAGGGAGGAAAGGAGGUGAGAUAAGUUGUGAACAACACACAUUUUUAUGUAUUUGCUUGGUUUUUAUACAAGUGUGCCCUUAAAACAUAGCAGGAACUAUUUGAUUGAA